UCACAAACUGCACGUGCUACCAAAGACUUAUAUUAUAAUCAGAAGAAUAUUUCUGUGAAGGUGUUAUUCUGUAACUAUACAAUGUCAAGACACCAGGAACAAAAUCGCAGGAGCAGAGCAGCACAGGAAUGGGAGUCUCCAGGUUACGAGCAGCAGUUGCCUGUCACAGAGAAAUCCAAUCCACUGUCCCGUGACAUAGACAGGGCGGGACCUGAGCAGAUUGUCCGCGUGCUGCAGGAGUGUGAUGCUGAGGUAUUCCAGGGAGACCUUCAGCCUGACUCCCACUAUAAGAGGCUGUUGAGUGAGUCAGUGGUCCAACAACUGCAGAAAGUGGCUGAGAGGGUGAAAGCUAUCCUCAAGAACCCAGAGGAUUCCUUAAUUGUCCUCAGUGGCUGUGGGACAUCUGGACGGAUCGCUUUCCUCUUGUCGAACACAUUCAACAGGAUACUUGCAGGCCGUCACCAAAAGCCAGUCUACACUUACAUUAUUGCUGGAGGAGAUAGGGCACUGUUGACCUCCCAGGAAGCUCCAGAGGACAAUCCCUCACUGGGAGCACAAGUGCUGAAGGAGACUUGCCUUGGAAAGAAGAAAGUUCUUUUCAUCGGAAUUACCUGUGGUCUAUCAGCACCCUUUGUUGCUGGCCAGCUUGACUUUUGCUUGGACAACUUGGACACAUUCACACCUGUGCUGGUAGGAUUCAACCCUACCUAUAUGGCAAGGAACGAGCCCAUUCAGGGAUGGCCACAUACCUUCAGAGAGGUGACUGAGAGGAUGCUGAAUGUUCAGGAGACUGACAGGGCUUUCAUUCUGAACCCUGUGGUUGGGCCCGAGGCGAUCAGCGGCUCGUCGCGGAUGAAAGGGGGCACGGCCACCAAGCUGCUACUGGAGUGCCUCCUCCUGCUGGGGCACCGGGCAGCACACAGCAGCAGCCACACACAGGACAUCAGCCAGCACGAUAUCUUGGACUGCCUCAAACAGUAUGAGAAUGUUCAUGGUGUUACAUACUCCAAGACUGCAGACUUGGCUGGUAUGGUUGGAAAAGCUGGUAUGAGCCUACAGAAGCAGGGCCACGUCUACUAUCUUGGCUGGAGCACUGUGGGCAUCUUGGGCAUAAUUGAUGCGAGUGAGUGCGUGCCCACGUUUGGAGCAGACCUCCAGGACAUCAGAGGAUUUGUCAGCGGGGGUUUCAGCGAGAUGAACAAUAAAGAGGGAAACUUGUCCUCUCUGGGUUCAGAAUUCUCUAUUGACCACAGGGACUUUGUGGACAACAUUUUACCCAACCUGGGAGAGAAUGACAUGGUCAUCUUCUUAUUCACAGUGGAUGAUGAUUUCGGAGAUGUUGGGAAACUAGCUGAUCAGGUCAAACGAAAGACCUCAAAUGUACACGCCAUUUGCCAUGAACACAGAGGACAUAGUUUUCCUACAAAAAUCAAUGACAUCUUCCUUUCAAACAUCCUCAAAAUUACCUGGAUCCCCCCUGCUGGUGAUGCAGACGAUAGCGUCUUGAUGAGGCUUCAGUGGGAGCUCUCCUCUAAGUGGAUGCUGAAUGCAAUCAGCAGCGGCGCCCACAUCCUGAAGGGGAAGGUCUUCAAGAACUACAUGAUAGACCUCAAGGUCACCAACAGCAAGCUCUACAGGAGAGCCAUAGGCAUACUGCAGAGGUUCACCGGCUGCUCGUGGAUGCAGGGUGAGCAGGUGCUCCUGAAGGCGCUGUACAGAGUCGAGCACCUGAGCCAGGAGAUAACCACAGCAGACAUCAGCCGCCACACGCUGGCAGCCAACACCGGCGACAGGGUGGUCCCCACUGCUCUGGUGGUCCUCCAGACAGGCUGCUCUGUAUCUCAGGCUCAGGCCCAGUUGAGUGAGUGUGCUGUGAUCAGGGAUGUGGUGGAGGCCUGUCUGACCUCUGCAAGCCAUUGACGGCCCUCCUGUGAUCGAAAUCGUAGAAGUUGUCUUAAUCACUUGAUUUCAAUGAUUGAUUAUUAUGUACCAUUGGUGGGUGUGGUCUUUUGCUUAAGAUUCUUGUUUUUAUCAUUGGGCAACCAUGGCUCAUUGGUUAGAGCACUGCACUGUCCUUUAGAUCAGAAGAUUGCAGGUUCUUAACCCACCCUUACCAGCACCUUCAUCCAUGGCUGAAGUGCCCUUGAGCAAGACAACUAACCCUACAUUGCUCCAGGGCCUGUAACCAAUUCCCUGAACCUACAUAACUGGAAGUCGCUUUGGAUACAAGUGUCAGCUAAGUGUAAUGUAAUCUGAUCUAAUCAUCACUGCUGCAUGUUUACAUUACCGACUGUCAUUAUUGCAUACCUAAAACGAUAUGUUUUAUUGCAGUUAUUUUAAAAUGGAGGAUGUGAUAUGUGGUAUUGUUUAACUGUCAAUGUCAACAAUAUAGAGGAGUAAAAUGUAAUUGUAUUGAGUGUGUUGGAAAUAAUUUACAGCUUAUUUUUUACAGCUAUAUAUUUUUUUAUUAUAAACCUACAUAAAUCACACACUCUGUAUCUUUGGUUGACUCUGAAUCGAUCUAGAAUAAAAAACAGUUUGUGAUUCCAAGGGUACUAAACAUAACCCCUUGGAAUCCUGUGACCCUAAGCUUGACCCCUAGCUGAUGCAUGUGAUGAGGGACGAGCCUUGUUGACGAGAUUAAAAGUCAAAUCGUCUGUACAACCUAGGCUUACAAAGCAAAGCCUGUUGUCCCGAGGUGUAAAUGCAAAGACCCUCAUUGCUCAUUCAUGAUUUUCACACCUGUCGCUCCAGAGCUAAUGGACCAGAAUAAUA